AUAUCCGAUGACGUCACUGAAAUAAUCACAUGAUAAGUAAAAAAUUCAAAAUGGUGGACGUAUCCUUCAAGUUAAAAAUGUUUCUUGCAUUAUCAACUCUGUUUUCUGUUGCUUUAGCCGACAAUGUCCCAGUACUUAUGUGGUCACCAUCAAGACCACUGAGUGACUUACCCCAGCCAUUUGCAGGAAAUACGAUAGAUCAUGGAACAUUUCACCAGUCUUACCUCUCACCUUUAUCUGCAACCAAUGACCAUCACAUUGUCGUUUUCUUACAAGAUAAGUUGAAUAUCAAUGAUUUUGCUAAAUAUGCAGAUAUCUACAAUCCUUAUAGUGAUGGAGGAGCUUUUAAAAAUAUCAAGGCUUUGAUGGAGGAACAGUUCUCUGUUCACAUACCAAGUGUUAAACUACCUACUACUGCCAUCAGUGAUUUGAAGGAAAGUUUUAAAGGGAGACAACACACUGUUGAGUCUUCUUCUGAUAUUCCUAGUUUACCAUUGGAUGAUGGCAAGAGUCAUCUGAUUCUAGUUAUAUUACCUAGUGAUGGAAAAGCUGGUAAUGAAGAAAAAGCUUUCAGAAAUAAUGAUGUUAUUGUUAAUGAUGUUGUGAAGGAAUUGAAGAAGAGAAGUAUUAAAUAUACAGCUGUCUAUACAGCAGAAUCAUCACAAACGAAACCUGCCGAGUCAAAAUACACAGGAAGACGUCUACUUGCAAGUGCUGAUGCAACAAACACAAGCAUAUUUGUCAACGUAUCAUCAACUAUAUUUUUUUACGCCCGAAAAAUAACAAUAACUCAGGUUUUACCAAAUUCAGAAAGAAAUAUGAAUUUCUCAAUUACUUCUGCCGUUGCCAAGCCUGAUACAACUGGCUCAAUGAUGGGAAACACUACUGGAGAGUUUUCAUUGAAGUUUGAUGAUGUACCAGCUCUUAAUGGUACACAGAAGUAUGGUGUUGCUAUCAAAUUUGCUAUGACCAAAAACAAUGCAUAUCGUCUUAAGAUUUCCAACUUCACAUUGACACUUACAAAUAAAACCGUUGGAGGUGGUGACCAAGACAUGGAUAUGGAUAUGGAUAUUAAAAGUUUGAAUCUAGAUUUCCCUUUAUUGUUUUCCUAUCAUUGUUCGGGAUUCAAUAUAAUACAAACCAAUAGAACCAAAGGGGAACCCUACAUUCAGCUCUACAUAGAUGGACUGCAGUUCCAAGUAUUUGGUUUGCCCGGUCAACCUCGUGAUCAGUUUGGUGAUGCCUGGGAUUGUGUCCCCUUCUUUACAACAGCUAUAUGGAUGGCCCUCUUCUAUGCUCUAAUUUUUAUUGUUAUAUUGUAUUUUGGAAUCUAUAUGAUGUUUAACCUUAGCACCAUGGAUCGAUUUGAUGACCCGAAAGGAAAAACCAUCACUGUCAAUGCUUCAGAUUAAGAUAUGAAAUAAAAAAAAUAGCUGUACAUGUAACAAAAUUAUCAUUUUCUUAUCGCAACUUUACAAAUGGCUGAAUGUCAUCAUAAUUUUAUCACUAAAUAUUUUAUAUGGGUCUCCACAUUCCACAUAUAAAUUUUACCUGCAACAGUACGAAUCUGUAUACACUCACACAUAGAUUUCUGCUCAUGUGGGUCACAAUUCAAACAAAGAUUUAUAUUGAAUUAAAGCGAUAAUUUCAUGUUUUUAAGUUAUAUUUUUAAAAUGUAUUAAAAUAAAGCCUUAAAAUAGAUGGUAUCUAUAAACAGUCCUACCUUGUUAAAGAAUAAUCCUAUUAAUCCUAUAAUUCACUAUUGAAAGUUGAGAAAUUGGCAAAAAUAUCAUUUUCGACUUCAAUUUCAAACGUUUGGAGAUAGCUAUUCCAUGGGGGGGGGGAAUAGAAAAACAAGGGAGGUAAUUGUGUUAUUAUUCCCGGGGUGAAUGGUUUUUAAGUGUAAGAAUGAUACCUAUGAUCGUAUAAUAGUGAGUUAACAACCUAUAGAGCAAAAGCCAUAGAAAUAAUUAUCUUCUUUUGACUUUCUUAAGAAAGUUUUUUGUUUCGUGAAAUAAUAUGAAGUGUGUAAACUCUUUAAUAAGUAGACACCAUAUAGAUGUACAUCUUAGUCUUGUCAACCCAUCUGAUUAAACACGAAACCAGAUAUUUCAUUUAUUAAUUAUUCAUAUUUGUCAUAUGACUGAAUGUUUUGGAAAAGUUUUUUAAAAAUCUGGGUUAAGUUUGAUGGGGGGUGGGGGGUAGCAGAAUUAUGGGAAACAUCUAUAGAGCAUUAUGUUUGUUGGGGUAACUACAGAAUUGUUGGAAACAUUGAGCAGUUGAGAACAAAACAACUUAUAAGUUCAAUAUAAAUAGCCUGCAUUAUUCAUGGAGACCACCGAAAGUAUAAAAAAAAAACGAAAUUUAAAUCUGUAUGUAAUCAGAUUUUCAUGUCUAAAUUUUUACAGUUAUGAUAUCUUCCCAUUUUUUAUAAACAUUCCAAUUAAAAUUUAAACUUGAAUUUAACAUGUAAACCUGCUGAUUGAAUAAUAAAAAGAAAUUUAAUUCAAUAAAAA